UUAAUCUCGCGAUGUUACAGCCGCCGCCGCCGGAAACAAGCUACCCGAGCGAUGCUGAGUCGUCAACAACAAUAACAAUAACAAGGGGAUCUUCCUGACUGUCAGCCACACACUAACCGGUUUCUAAAUGAACACACCAAAGUGUAGAGCACGAACCAGAGAAACCUAGAGCUGCCAUCAUGAAGUUGUAUGUAUUCUUGGUGAACACUGGAACCACCUUUGCAUUCGACACUGAACUAGCAGUCCAGACGGUGAACGAUCUUAAACAUGCUAUCCAGACAAAGUAUAAGAUUGCUGUUCACAACCAGAUGCUUGUUGUUAAUGGAGGAGAAUGCAUGGCACCGGAGCGAAGGGUCUGUAGCUACAGUGCUGGUACUGACACCAAUCCAAUUUUUUUGUUUAACAAAGAGAUGAUUCUUUCUGAUCGCACUCCAACUAUUCCCAAGGCAACAUUUAAUGCAGAGAAUGAAAUGGAACUGAAAGUGGAAGAAUCGCUUAUGAUGCCUGCGGUAUUUCACACAGUUGCCUCAAGGACACAGCUCGCUGUGGAAAUGUAUGAAGUUGCCAAGAAGCUGUGCUCCUUUUGUGAAGGUCUGGUUCAUGACGAGCAUCUUCAGCACCAAGGCUGGGCUGCAAUUAUGGCCAAUUUAGAAGAUUGUACACAUUCUUACAAAAAGCUGCUUUCCAAGUUUGAGAGUGCAUACUCCAAAUAUAUACACUCAAUAGAUGACAUUAAGCUUAAAUUAACAAAUUUAGGAAUAGCUGUUUCUGUUAUGGCCAAGAUUCCGCUGCUAGAGUGCCUGACUCGACAUCACUAUAGGAUGUGUUUAGGUAGGCUUAUGUCCUCUGACGGAGGUAUGGAUGCAACAGAAAAUGAGAAGGUUACUGAAAUUACACAGUAUGAUGAUGAAACAAAACUGAAACGUUUGGAUUUCCUAGACUCAUUCACUAAGUCUUCUCAGCAUACAUCCCAGGAACUAGGAGAAAAUGAAACUGAAAAACAGAAAAGGGAUUCCUUUACCCAAGAUAUGGAGUCUAUGAAUGAGCAUUUGUCAGAAAAGGAAAAUAUGCCUUCCUUCAAUGUUUCAUUAUUGGACUGGAUUAAUGUACAGGAUCGUCCAAAUGAUGUUGAAUCAUUGGUUAGAAAAUGUUUUGAUUCAAUGAGCAGACUUGAUCCUCGAUUAAUUCAACAAUUUUUGGCAGAAAGCCACCAAACUAUUGCCAAACUGGAUAAUCAGAAUAUGAAAUCUAUCAAAGGGCUCGAGGAUCGACUCUAUGCACUCGAUCAAAUGAUUGCAAGCUGUAAUAGGCUGGUUAAUGAACAAAAAGAACUUGCUCAGGGAUUUUUAGCCAAUCAAAAACGGGCUGAAAACUUGAAGGACCCCUCUGUGUUACCUGAUUUGUGCUUGAGUCAUGCAAACCAAUUGAUGAUAAUGCUAACAAACCACAGGAAGUUGUUGGACAUCAAACAAAAAUGUGCCACUGCCAAACAGGAGCUUGCUAACAACCUGCAAGUUCGAUUAAGAUGGUGCUGCUUUGUAAUGCUGCAUGCUGACCAAGAUGUGGAGAAACUACAAGCUUUGUUCAGGGUUUUAAGAGAACUCGUUGAACGAGUUAAGAUAGUGGAAGCACUUGGUACAGUUCCUCAGAUGUACUGCUUGGCAGUUGUUGAAGUUGUGAGACGGAAGAUGUUCAUUAAACACUACAGGGAGUGGGCAAAUGCUUUAGUAAAAGAUGGAAAGACUUUGUACGAAACAGAGAAGUCAAAAAGGGAAUCUUUUGGGAAAUUGUUUCGAAAAUCCUAUUUACGAAACCGGCUUUUUAGAGGACUUGACUCCUGGCCUUCAUCAUUCUGUACUAGAAAGCCAAGGAGAUUUGACAGUGAGCUUCCGGAGAUAUCAUUAAAUGACCUGCAAUUUUUGCAAUCUCUUUGUCCUCCCGAAGUCCAACUUUUCCUCAGGGUUCCCUUGCUUUGUGAUUUUGAGCCUCUACAUCAACAUGUACAUGCUCUACACAACCUAGUGAAGGCUGCACAAAGUUUGGAUGAAAUGUCCCAGACCAUUACAGACCUGUUAAAUGAACAAAAGGCAUCAAAUGGUCAGCUGUCACCACUAUCUGUAACUACACCAAGGUUUGAAAGUACAGCAGAAGUUACAACUUCUACCUCAUCCAAAACGCCUGCAUCUCUCAAUCUCCAGGAUCCCAUCUGUCCUCCUGAUGGAAUUCCAGGGCCUUUAGAAGAGUUGUCUCCAGACAGCAUUGAUGCUCAUACUUUUGAUUUUGAAACUAUUCCACAUCCAAAUAAUGAACAAUCAAUUAAACAGGGUUCUUUGGACUUGGACUCCUUAGGAGAUAGUCCAGAGUCGGAUUUCAUGUCUGCUGUUAAUGAGUUUGUAAUAGAAGAAAAUCCAGUGUCACCUAACAUUAGCGAUCCACAAAGCCCAGAAAUGAUGGUGGAGUCAUUAUACUCGUCGGUUAUUAAUGCAAUUGACAGCAGGCGUAUGCAAGACAUCAAAAUCAAAGUGAAAGACGAUUGUGCUGAAAAUGCAUCUUUAAAAGCAUUUUUGGAAAAAUGUAAAAUUAUUACACUAGAAUCCCAAGCAAGUUUGAGAAAUUUUAAAGAAGACAUUGGCAAUUUAAGAACUCUUGUACAAAAAGAACAAAAUGACUUUGCCAAUUCAAUAAAAACAGUUUCUGUAGACAUUCUAAAUAUAAUUGAGCAGGUAAGGGUUUCCAUUGAAACCACAUUGAAAAAAAAGCAUUUGGAAGAACUGCAAUUGGUAGAAAAAGAAUGUGAGGAAAGACUUCGGUUAUCGAAAGAGGAAUUUGAUAUAAAUGAGAAAGCUAUAACCAAGCUAAAAUGUGACCUUGAAGGUCUUAAAGGAGAUCUACGGAAUAAAGAUAAUGCAUUUGCUUUGAUUAGAAAUGAAAAUGAAACAUUUAUAUGUUUACAGAAAGAAAAGGAUCAGAAGUUGAUUGAUUUAGAAGACGCUGUGAGGGAGCAAGCCUGUGAAAUUCAGAAACUAAAGCAAUCGAGAGAAGCAGCACUAGAAGACUUAAAACAAAUACACGCUAAAAAUGAAGAAAAACUCAGACAUCUCAAGGGAGAAUUUCAGCUUUUAGAGCAAACUCAGUUAAAAGAACUAGAAGAAAAUUUGAAUCUCAGGCAUACCCAAGAGUUGGAAAAUGUAAUAUCUGACCAUAAAUGUUGUCUAGAGAAAUUGAGGAUUGAUAAUAAACUUGAAAUUGAUCAACUGCAAGAAUCUAGUGCAGCAGCAGCUCAGGAGAGGGGUCAACAGGUGCAGGACUUAAAUCGUAGAGUUUCUGAGCUAACCGAUAUUAGGUGUAAAUUGGAGGUAGAGCUCGCACUUAAAGAAGCUGAAAUAGAUGAAGUAAAAGUGAUGUUGGAACAAAACAAAACUCAGCAACAGGAUGUCUUGCAAGACCAGGUUGUUGAGAAAACAGAAACCUUAAAAAUGGAAAUUGAUAGGUUGAAUAACUUGAUUCAAGCUCGUAAUGAUGAGCAUGAACUGGGAUUAGCUGAACUUAGAACUCUGUUGUCUAGUGAAAAAAAUCAAUGUAUUUCAGAGCUGUUGAGUAGACAUGAAGCAGAAACCAGUUUGCUGAGAACUGAUAUUAAUAAGCUGACUUCUGCACAUCAGCAAGCUGUAGAGGCAGAGUCCCGGCUUUCUGAAGAAUUAAAUGAUGUAAAGAGCAAAUUAGAUGAUACCUUGAAAUCACUUGAAAUGCAAAUAGAGCAACAUGAAACAUCCCUAAAGGAACACAAGGAAAAAUAUGAAGAGACUAUCCAAAAGCUUGAAGUUGAGCGAGAACAAAUUUUGAUUGCCCAAAAGGAAGAAAAAGAAUUGCUCGUAAAAAAGUUUACAUGUGAAAAAGAGGAAGCUAUAAGUCUUGCUGUUAAAGACUUUGAGGUUCAAAGGGAGGCUGUUGAAAAGGAACUGUUAGAAAAAGUGCAGCACCUUGAGCAACAAUUGAACCAGAGUCCUGCUGGGCUUUCGAUACCAGAAGGUGCACACAGCUUAGUCUCUGAACUUCAGGACAAGCUUCAAAAAGAGAAGGUGUCGUUCUCAGAACAACUUGAACAGCAAGAAAGAAAAAAGAGUGACGAGUUUCAACAACUCAGGAUAUCCCUAAUUGCAGAACAGCAGACUCAUUUUAAUACAGUUUUAACAAGAGAAAGAGUGAAGAAGGAAGCCAUUAUUGCUGAACUGUGUGAAAAAUUAAAGGCCGUCACACAGCAGCAAGAGAGGGAUAAAGAUUUAAUUGAAACCUUGUCUGAAGACCGGGCACGUUUAUUAGAAGAAAAGAAAAGACUUGAGGAAGAAGUUGGCAAGCUGUAUAAUUGUAAUGUUGUCUGUUCUGCUCAAAUGGCUGCUGCUUCUGAACCGUGUGGAUCGUCUGCACCCGAUUUUUCUUCCGAAUUAGAUAGACCUGUAUAUGAUGGGACUGUGCUUGAGGAAGAUAGAAUGGAACCCAACAUGGAAACAAGCAUGAUGGCUGUUCAUGAUGUUAUGCUAUCUGAAGAAAAACAGAAGAUAAUACUAUUAGAAAAGACUUUACAACUGAAAGAAGAAGAGAACAAACGAUUGAAUCAGAGACUGAUGUCUCAAAGCAUGUCUUCAGUUUCUUCAAGAAAUGCUGAAAAAAUUGCAAUCCGAGACUUCCAGGUUGGAGAUUUGGUUCUUAUUAUCUUGGAUGAACGUCAUGAUAAUUAUGUGUUAUUUACGGUCAGCCCAACAUUGUACUUUUUGCAUUCAGAAUCUCUUUCAGCGCUAGAUCUUAAACCAGGUGAGUGUGCGUCUGGUUCAUCUAGAAGACCAUGGGUACUUGGAAAAGUGAUGGAAAAGGAAUAUUGCCAAGCUAAAAAGGCACAAAACAGAUUUAAAGUACCUCUAGGUACAAAAUUCUACAGAGUGAAAGCAGUGCCAUGGAACAAAAAAGUAUAAAUGUCCUACGUUAUCUAUUCUGCUACAUAUUUAUUUUCUGGCUUACUCUAAAAUACCUGUGUAUAGCUUAAACAACAGGCCAUCUUUUUAUACUAAGAUUGAAGUAGCAGUCUUCACUGGUCUUGUAUAUUUACUUUUUUAAAACAUUUAUGUUUUAGAAGUUUAAAUUUAAUCAAUUCUGCAUAUCUGCCCCCUAAAUUUUUUACACAAAGCACUUGGAAAUGUGGCCAAGAUGUCUUCAUUUUUUUUCAAAGGGUGUAAGAUGUGCUUCAUGUUUUGGUUUGUUUUUGGGGGAUUUUUUGCCAUAUUUACUGCCUGUUAAAUAAAAA